AUGGCAGAUUACUUUGAACGUGAAGCACUUAGAAAACGCAAAAGUAGAGAAAAUGAAACACCUGAACAGCGCGAGAAACGGCGUGCAUGUGAUCGUGAAAAUAAAAGUAAAAAAAUGGCUAAUGAAACUGCAGAACAACGAAGAGCGCAAGCUGUGGAUGAGCGCCCUAACGAAUAUCAAGAAAUGUUUGUAUUAGAAUCAUUGCGUUGUUCAUGUCUAAUGAGUUUAAUUCAAACCAAUAAUAAUAGGAUGCCUUCAUCAUCACUUCCCGAAUAUGAUCGAGAACUUUUGCAAAAAUUUUGA